UAAUCUUGGAACGCUCGAUGGUUCUAUGUUGUAUCUUAAGAACUAGCAAUAAAUCUACAAUUGACCAUAAUCAUUUGAUGGGUCACCGUCAUUAGCUUCGUCCGGAUCGGGUUCUUCAAAAUCGCAUUGUUUAACAUCGGCAUCUUCGCCAUACUGAAUAACGUUAUCAAUGAUCAAAAGUAAAUCGGCGAUGCUUUCUUCAUCAUUUAAAUUUAAUGGUGUGAAUCGAACCAAGCUAAAAUCUUCAAUCAAAUUUCCAAUGGCUUCGGAUAAUUUACGAUAUUUUCGUCCCCAUGCCGAUUCAUUUGUGACUUGGCCAAGUAAUGCCCGUGCAUCUGGUUCCAAAUACUUAUCCAAUUGACCUCGGGCCGACUUACUCAACAAAUCCAUCUUACUUAAUACAUUUAUGUGCGGCAAUUCCAUAUUGACCAUAACACUUAAUGCGGUCAUUGUGCCGGAUAAAAAUUUCGCACCAUCAAUCAUGAAUUGUGAAUCAAGCAUAAAAACACUUGCCACCCGAAAGUUCCACGAUGUAAGCAAUUCGACCAAUUGACGGCCAACGUUUAAAUGGGUGUACAGUUCAAUUUGACCGGGCAAAUCGAAUAGAAUGUAAUCAUCGUCUGGAUCGGAGUCCAAUGGAUCUUCUACAUCGCCACUACCGCAUAGUUGUUGUUUGAACCAUUCUUGAUUUUCGAGCAAAUAUUCAAUACAAAAUACCAAACCACCGUUCGGUCCAAAGUGCAACUCUUCAUCCGACAUCGCAUCGUCCAAGUGGAUUAGGUCACGAAUAUCGAUCAUUGGUUGAUAAUCAAAGUGUUCAGCGGCUGGAUCCAAAUUUACCACAUCUAUUACGCGCUUUUCAUCAGCAGCAUGUCGUUGGAUAUUCGCACAGUACGUUGACUGGAAUUUAUUUCGGCAACACAGCAAAAAUUUAGUAAGAAUCGAAAGAAACGAAUUAUUGAUUUCGAAGAGACUUACCUUUCCAGAGCCAGCCGGACCCAUCACCAAUUGAGCAUAUCGCAUCUUUUCGCUGAUUUUUCUGUAAAUUCAAUGAAACAACGUUUACCAAACAAUUCAACACACGGAUAUUUGAUUGAAGUGUCAAAAAAAAUCUAACCUCAACUGUGACAUAGACAAAUUGUCUAAUGGUCGGUUGCGGGUAUGUUCACCAUACGAACAAUUCGUAUUUGAAAUGUACAUAAGUUUUGACACUUGUUCUCUUGUCACUUUAUUUUGUUUUUCGUUAGUAUUCGCACUUUAUAUGCACACCCAGCUCAUUGUAUCUCACAAGCAAAAUUAAAUGCAAUUCUGCACAGAUAGCGUUAACUUAUUCAUUGUGUGUCAAAUUUGAUCAUGGAGUUUAUCGUCUUUGUUUCAAAAAUUCGCAUUAUAUUCGCAUGAAAUAAGUGAUUGAGAUUAAAUGUUUUGUCGAUUAUUGAACGAAGAAAAAGUACCGGUUCACAUUACACUAACAAUCGUUGUUUUUCUAAUUGCCAAUGCGUGCAAUACACCACAUGCAUAACAUUUGUGUAAAGAACACUCAACAGAUCGCAUAAUCCUCCGCGCCCAGAACGAAAUUACACAGUGUGAUAGAGAGUACGUGCCGACUUUUAAUGCAAACAUGGAAACCAUUCUCCAUCUCUCUAAGAUUGAAGAUUUCAAUUGGAAUCUAAAGCUAUUCCUCGACAUAAUUGAUUCGUAUAAAGCAUCAGUGAAUAAAGCGAAUCCUGUGACACUUGAAUUACUUGGAAGUACACUGGAUAAAAUUGGCGAUUUGCUCGAAAAUGUGGACGAAGUAGAGAGUAAUAAUGAUGCAAUCCCUUGUGAAUUUGAUGAAAAACUUUUCGAGAUUAAGCGAACGAUUUUUUGCCGUAUUUGCAAAGUUGAUUUUGAAGCAUCUCGCCGUGGCCACUUGCUUCAUUUGGCCGAUACAAAACAUAACGGCAACUUGAUUAAAAUCAAACAAGGCGGUGGCAAUGCAUCAAUUACAAAUGGUACUGCGACUGACUCGAAUAACAACACAGGUAAAUCAAAGUCGUUGGUUGCAAAAGAUGGUGUACAACCUCCGGUUCAUCUCCAGAUGUCUUUACACACAUAUUUGAAAGAUCUUGGCUUUAAUCGAGAAAAACGGGAUGCUCCUUUCAAUAACGGUGCUGCCAAUGUUGCAGCUGUUAUUGGACAUGACGCAUUGAAUAAUAAUGAAACAAAAAAAGUAAUUCCGAUUCCGAAUGUCUUUGAUGAUGGCAUUUAUGAUUUUAUUGAAUCGAUUGGUAAGUCAGAUUUACCAAACAAGUCGUCGAAUAAGAAUGAAACUGUUAAUGUGCCGACUAAAGCUUUUCAAAAGGCUGUUUCAUCAGAAAAAGGGCCAAUUAAUUGGCGCAACACAUCGAACGAGCCAGUAAUUCGUACAGAAAAUCGAGUACAUCCAGAAACACACCGCGGAUCGAAUGAACCGAUUGUACGAAAUGAAACGUACGCAGUUCCGCCGAUUUUCUAUACGAAUCGGCCUUCGACAAUUGAUAAUUAUAAUAUACCUCCUUGGCACGUAAGGCCAAGUGAUCUUGAUGCCGCAAAUGCGCAUAGUCAAAUUGGUGAUGUGAAGGUGCCAAGUGUUGUUGGUGCUGCAAAAGCAAAAAGUGGCGUUGAAUUGAUUGGUGAUGCGGACAUAUCAAAGUCAUUUAUGACACAAAGUAUCAUCCAAAAUGGUGCGGUAUUGACUGGUACUGGUGUAAAACCGUGUCCGACUUACGAAUUGAACAAUCUCUACCUAAAGUUUCCACAUUUAAAUCCGAAUAAAGUGGCGAACCCACUAAGACCCACUUCAUUGGAUCUUACAAAACGUUCUACGGCAUCAGCAAAACCAAAUGAAAAUACAGCAAAAUCAGUCGGUGGUUUGCAAGGCUUGUUCGAUAAGAUCAAUCAAGAGGCGAAACUCAAAAAGUCCGAAUCGACGAAUAGUUUGCAUUCAUUGCCUAAUUUUGACAACAAUAUGGCGACAAAUCAUCCAAAACAUCGAAUGCCAGAACGGUCGGUAUCUUCAUUGAAUUUGACCGGUAUCACAAGGAUGAAUGGAGCCAAUCCACAGAAGAUGAAUCGCAGACAGUCAUUGGGUCAUAAUGGUCAGAACAAAUCACAAGCGACCGGCCAACAUAGAAAUGCACCGGUCAAGGGUCCGCCACAGAAUGACCCGAGAAGUAAAGGUGCUAUUCCAAAGUAUUCGACACAAAAUUCACAGUCCAAUGGCAAGAAGGUUGGAUUCAACGACGCUCCAAAAACCAGUCAAACCCAUCAAAAUGCCCAAAAGAAAGACGUGAAGAGUACAGAACACCCAAAAGUAGCGGAGAAGGCAGCUGAACCCAAAACCGGCGAUAAACUGACCGAAAACUUAAUUAACGAUGAAAAAUUGAAGAAAUUUUUCUCCAUUGAUUUAUCGGCACUGAUUUCUUCAUUGGAAAAAGAAAAUGGACACGCUAGAAGAGAUGCGUUAAAAGCGAGUGUAAUCGAAUCGGUUGAAAGCACUCUGGGAGAAAAAUUCAAAAAGAUGAAGUGCCAUGUGAUCGGAUCGCAUAAAUAUAAGAUUGCCAAAGGUGGCCGUGCACCGUUGGACAUUUAUCUUGAUUUACAUGACAGCUUCAAUACUGACCGAAGGGGUCAAGUAUUUGUAGCCGGAAUGGACGAAACUCUGAAGCUAUUGCAAGAGAGUUGCGAUUGGUUCAACGCAAAAUGCUCCGAACAAAGUCGAUAUGGUAUAUUAUCGGCAACAAAUUCGUCCACAAACUGGGAAUGUAAUUUUCGAUUUGGUACUGGAGUCGCUGUGCGAAACAGUGAUAUCAUUUCCACAUUAUUCGAAGCACAACCAGUUGCUCGUCAAUUGGUGAUCAGUGUUCGAUUGGCAUUGCAAGAAGGCGCGAUUGAUGAUUGGGCUAAACAUUUUACCGGCUAUGUGGUGACUUUGUUGGUCAUUUUCUAUUUGCAAAUUGCAAAAAAGUUACCAUCCAUCUUGAGCUUGCAAACAAAUCAAGUUAUGAAAUGUGGCGAAAAUAUGGUAAACUUCAGCAAGCCGAAAAAUGUUGCUAUUUGCAAGGAUCGUAUACGUGAUUUACUCAUCGGUUUCUUCGAGUACUAUUGGAAAUUCGACUUUUUCAACCAAAUCAUCAGUCCGUUUGAAGGACGAGAAAUUAGUCAGAUGUUCCGUAACUGUCCCGUUGAUUCAUUAUCUCGUUCUAUGCAACGAUUCAAAGGUUUGAUAGACUCGCAACCGCAACGUUGGACAAACAACAAAAUGUGUAUUCAGGAUAUCUUCGAGCACAAGCGUAACGUAGGAGAAGCAAUUCAUAUGAACGAGACAAAGGCAUUCAAAGCACUGUGCGGCAAAGCUUUGUUGGCCAUCAGUAGCGCUGGCAGUGCUGUUAAAUACUAAAAACAAAACAUACGCACUUUCCAUGUCAUAUGUUUUGCUUCGAAUCGCAUAAUUUUCUUAUUAUGAAACCAUGAUAUUAUAUACAUAUAAUCAAAUCAGAGCCGAUAUUGGCACCGCAGAGAUUCGGGCACUAAUGAGACCAUAAAACCUUUUAACUUUUAAAUACAAGAAAGAGCUCCUCCCCGGUGCCUAUAACAGCUCUGAACCAAAUCGAUUUCCAACAUGAAAUCGUAAACAUAUGUUAUCUUUUUUAAAAUCCCAAGUUGGCAAAAGAGUCAGUUGAAUGGAAAGUUUCAUAGAUAUGAUGCUGAGUUGAUUUCUUUUUCAAUUUGCAGAUUUAUUUAUAGAUUAUAUUUUGAUACUCUUUUAUUGAGGCACAAUGCCAAAUAUGAAAAAAAAAACUCAAUAUUGAGCUCUUCCACACGAAUCCUGGAAUUUCGAUUUAAGUGAAUAAAAUACAAAUACAUAUA